AUAAUCUCCUUUCUGCCUCUCGAAUUGAGCCGGUUGUCCAUUAGUUUACCGAAUCGGGUAAGCUUCAUUUCUGCUUCCACAUUCAUUACCUCUUCUCUUUGUGCUUCUUCGCACAUUUACAUCAAGGGUUCCAUUUUGUCUUGCUCGAGUGCCUUUCAAGACAUGCACAACCUAAGCCUCAAGUUCUGAUACUUAUACGCAUAAAUAGCUUGUCCUGAUCUUCAUCCCUCUUCAUCUGCGUCCUCAUUUUUCGAUACCUUCAUUGGCCGACUGAGAGGGGACUAAAAUCCGUGUAAUAUUCCUACUUCACUGGUUUAGCUUUCAGGCAAUCUCAUCCAUGAACUACCAGAUAGAUUACGCACACCGAUCUCGCAACUGCCAAUGUAAGCGCGAGUACGAGGAUAUGAUAUCUAGAAAUGCGUGUACUCGACAUUCGGACACGUUGACAUCUCCUGGGUACGAACCGGAUCGUAUUGAGCCGUCCACUCACCCGUACUCCUACAACAUAUGUACACCUCAUGUUCAUCGCACGAGUACGGAUCGGAAUUCAGGAAUGUCCCACCCAGGAUACCGUCCGCGACAGAGUAUCCCGAGCGAUGUCUGUAACAUGCCAUCGUGCUUGAAUGACGAAAAAGGAGCCGAGGUUAAUCUGGGACAAGAUGACCCACGCCAAAAAGAAAACUCGAGGACAAGCAGCGAGGUUCAUGCAGAGCACUCGAAUCUUAGCGAAGUGCAUGCGAUAGAUCCAGCCUGUCUGCGCCCAAUAGUCAGAUUUGACUAUGCGUGUCUUGAAGACCUCGAUGAAGAGCUUAUCCUUCGACCAAGGAGCGCGUUCGCGGAAAUGUGCUGGUCGACUGCAGUACAAAACAUACCUCGGACGACCAGACAUAGCCAAUCUUCAGCGCAGAGUCCCCCUUCUAAAUGUUGCCAACCGUGCUCCGCGCUCAACUGGCGCUCACCUUCGCACUCUUCACGCUUCCCCUUGAAUUUUAAGGUAUCAGAAGGUUUCUUCGCCACAGACGAAGGCGGUCAGUCGGAAUGCCACUCUAGCUCAGAAUCGGACCGUUCACCUUCCAACACCUGGUAUGGUUCUAUUGAAGAAUCUUCUGUGAUGGUGGUCACCGGGCGUUUAAAUGUUUUAGAGAAUCAUGAUGGUGUGAAGUUGUUUGAAAAGAAAUCUAGUCCUAGGAUUGUUGUCGUACCUUCGGACUCAAUCAUUCAUGUCGCUUCCACGUACUAUCACGAGCUCGAUAAUGCAGCCGCCAGUGAUCGGCUCGACAUUCCUCGCCAUUGCGGUGAUUACAGCGAUAAUGAAAGCUCCAGAAUGGAUUUUCAUGACGAAGAAGAAUCCAACGCUGACGUGGGACCAUGCAUUUCUAUCCAGGACGAUGAUGAUGUUCUUCUCUCACAGCCUCACUUUCUCCCAACUCUAAUAACUCAUUCCGUUCCCCAUACAGAUGCACUCCUAUAUUCGAAUCUAUAUUCAUAUGGAGUAGCAAAUCCUCAGGAAUCAGUCGGCUUUUUUCCCAUUCCGGUUGCUGGAUCCAGGACCACUGUCAACGGAGAAGGCCGUUGUAAAAUAAAACUUCCUCUAAGGAGCGGGAGCUUUGGAAGUAGUGUCUCGAAAUUCUGUCAGGCUGUCUUCCCUCUGUCGAAACGGGUAGUCAAACGAUAGUCAGAUACCGGGAUUGCGUUCGAGAAGUGUAGAGAAAGCGAAGCUGCGCGCGCUGUUCGGGCCGUAUGCUUAGAAUGAAAGUUCAAUGAACUAUUCAAUUGAGUCUUCGACAAGGCCAAUGAAGGAACAGAGGUGUUGGCCAUUCAUUCUAUGACAUUUUUCAUCACUACAUUCCGACUUCAGUCCAUUGAACAGACUUUUCUCUACUGGAACGAGUGUACAUACUUUGUUUGGUUCAAAUGAUAACUUUGAUAUAUGACCGGU